UUCAAUAUGCAUAUUAAUGAUAUUGUUUCACCCUGUACAGGUGAAGCGAAUGCUGUUUUGGCUAAAGCCGAGGCAAAGGCCAAAGCUAUCCGGCUGCUGUCCGAGGCGCUCACUCGGCAGAAUGGAAACGCUGCAGCAUCUUUAACUGUGGCCGAACAAUACGUCUCUGCUUUCUCCAACCUGGCCAAGGAAUCCAACACCAUCUUACUGCCUUCCAACACAGGAGACAUCAGCAGCAUGGUCACUCAGGCCAUGGCGAUUUAUGGGAGUUUGUCAAAGACAAAGAGCACAGCAGAAAGCGUGACCGCUGAGACUAAUGAACCGAUUUUGGAAGGAAGCACUGUGUCUGAAACCGAAACUGGACAUAAAUAAAGAUUUGAGUCUCAUUCUAGGAUAAAAGACAGAAAACUAAAAUGAUAAAAUCCCUGAAGCACUAUGGUGUAACUACACAAAGAUUUUGUGU